AUGCAGCUCCUAUCGACACUCUGCUUCUUGUUCUUGCAGCUGCUGUCGAGAGGAGACGCAUCCGCCUCUCACUCUAAUCGCCACAGAUCAGCCCCUCACUGGCUCCCCGCCACCGCCACCUGGUACGGAAGUCCCGAAGGCGACGGCAGCAGCGGAGGAGCAUGCGGAUACGGGUCGCUGGUGGACGUGAAGCCGUUCAAGGCUCGUGUUGGAGCAGUGAGUCCGUUGCUGUUCAAGAGCGGCGAAGGCUGCGGCGCUUGCUACAAGGUCAGGUGCCUGGAUAAGACCAUCUGCUCAAAGAGAGCAGUCACAAUAAUUGUCACAGACCAGUCACCGUCAGGACCAUCUGCUCGAGCAAAGCACACUCACUUUGACCUUAGUGGCGCCGCAUUCGGCCAUCUGUCAAUCCCCGGCCAUUCCGGCAUCAUGCGCAACCGCGGCCUCAUCUCCGUCCUCUACCGCCAGACGGCAUGCAAAUACAGAGAGAAGAACAUAGCAUUCCACGUGAACGCAGGAUCAACAGCUUAUUGGUUAUCUCUUCUCAUUGAGUAUGAAGACGGAGAAGGGGACAUUGGCUCUAUGCACAUUCGUCAAGCGGGGUCGAAGGAGUGGAUAGCAAUGAAGCACAUAUGGGGAGCAAACUGGUGCAUCGUCGGAGGACCACUAAAGGGACCACUCUCCGUUAAGCUCACCACUUUGUCAAACAACAAAACGCUGUCCGCAGCCGACGUCAUCCCCAAAAAAUGGGUUCCCAAAGCUACUUACACCUCCCGCCUCAACUUCUCCCCUGUCCUCUAA